UGACAUGCGCGAAGGAGCCCUGACGGCUAAACCGCUGCGCAAAUCUCCUCCCACCCACAUGCUCAAUCCGUCAACAUUCACCAUCCGACGAGGAAGCAAGUCUCGAGGUUGCUCUCUGGCAAAAAAUAAGGGACUGGGGAUUUCAUACAUCGUAUGAAAAGAGGAAAACUAUUUGGGUCAUGGCUUCGUCAGCACCGUCGCGCAAGCUUACGAAUGGAGGUAUGGGAGGAGGAGGACCAGGGCGCAGUAGCAGCGCUGCUACUACUCAUCCUCAAACGGUAUCAACUUCAUCGGAGCGUAUGAAAUAUUGUGUCGUUCUGGGCUGCAAAAAUACUGGGAUGGAGCUGAACGUAUGGAAAAGGACGCCAUGUGCCAGUCACAAUCACAAAUUUCGGGCUAAAUGCGGCUGCCCUCCGCCUUUUGUUCUGUAUCCAUUCCCAAACAGUGACAAACUACGGAAAAUGUGGCAAUUUCGUAUUGGACUACCAGAACUGGACAUCAACGACGCGACUUGUAUAUGCAGCAUUCACUUCCUGGAAGGUCGACCCACUUCAACAAGCUUUUUCCCUACGUUGUCUCUGCAGUUGGAAAAUGAAGACGAAUUGAUUGACGAUGAAGAGGACGAAGAGGAAAACGAUUAUGAAAAUGGGGAUGACUUUGAAAUGCAGGAAUCGGAUAUUAUUAUGCCGGUAAUUCGAAACAGUUUCCACUUCGAUGCACGCGGGGAUAGACAAUUUUUAGAUAAUGGAGAAGAAGAACAAGAUAUGUGUGACGGGGGUGAUGGUAAUUAUGGUGGCGAUGUUAAUUUUAAUCAAGAAGGGGCGUCAUCUUCAUCAUCAUCUUCAUGUACUGAGCAGAACACUGGGAUAAACUCGCAAACCAAUUCCCAUCAUCCUGGUCAAUCAAAAAAUGAACAGAAAGGGACAGAUGGGGGAGAGGACGAUGUUAAAGUGUUGUUCCAAUCUAACAAUGUAUCGAAACCAUUGCUGUCGUGCAAACAAGUGCCCUUGGCUCAGUACAAUCCAAACGCAGAAACGCUCCAUAUAACUGAUCCGGUCAAAUACAUAAUGGAGUGUCACAACAAAAUUUCACACCUUGUUUCAGAAAAUAAAAAACUUCGACAAGCCCAUGAGAAGGAAGUGUCUCGCUUGAAGGCAUGCAACCGAUCGUUGCGAGAACAACUGAUGGCACAAGUGACUUGCAACCUAUCUAGUAAGCCCAAACUCCAACUCAUGUCUACUCCUCAAACGCUAAGGUCACCACCGCCCAAUCAGUCUGUUGUUGAAGAUAAUAAUUCAUAUGUUGCUAGAAAGCCAUCAUAGUGUACAAUGAAUACCUAAUGUAUAUUGUUUACUAUUGCUGAUUGUGUAAAAUAAAAUCCCAUAUAUGUAACAAACAAA